UAACGGAAAAGUACGUUCGAAAUUCAGGUCGCCGCAUUCGUAUUUCCCGCUUGUAGCAGCGCCGCGACGCACAACGUCGCGACGUUACUAUAAAUGGUCGAUCAGCUGUGCGCAUCACAUGAAUUUAAUUUCCACAAACUAAUUGAUGUAACUGAAACACUUUAAUACACCGACCAUCAUGGAUGGAUUUUUGCAAGUGAAUAACUCGUCAUCGAACCUGCCGUCUUCUCCAUCCAAUUCUUUCAUUGCUGACGAGGUAGCGUCGAUUUGCCCAUUAAUAACCCCUUCGCCACCCACCAAUGAUCUUAUAAACCCAUUGCCGGAACCCAGCCAACCCAGUUACACUAUUGGAGAUGAGUUGGCUACCAUUCUUCAAAAGCAUGUUCAAGAUGAUGAUAAAUGUACGGGAGAUUCCGCGUCUUCGAGUUCUUCGGCUCUAGCUGAACCUGCUUGUACGCAACUGUUGAACCAUAGGAAUAACACCUAUCAUCAUAUUACUAAAGAUGAACACACGGCGACGGAGGAAACCGCGGGCAAAGUCCAACCCCUCCAACUCACAUUCAGAAACCCACCAGAAAACUACUUCUUCAUGUCAUGGAACUGGCCUCUAAUCCGAAAAUUCUCCCUAGGGAUGUUCCUCUCCGGCUUAGUAGCGAUGGUGGGUCUCGUAGUCAUGAUGAUAUCAACACUCCCAAAAACCUGUGACCCGUACACAGAGUGGUACCAAGGAAAAGUUUUCUACGAAAUCUUCCCAGCAAGCUUUUAUGCAAGCAACAAAAACCACGAAUACGGAGACUUAAAAGGAAUCGCUCUAAAAACUGAAUACUUUCAGUCUCUAGGUGUAAGGGCCAUUCGUCUUAAUUCAAUAUUCAAAACCUACAACUACCCAGAAGAUUACAAAAACGUGACGACCUUAAUGGAGAUAGCACCACAGUUGGGGACAAUCGAUGAUUUUCAGAAACUAAUUAAAAAUUACCUAGAACCGAAAAACAUCUCCUUGAUUCUAGAUCUGCCAGUGUUUCCUAUAAUGAAACAAUUGAAAGCUACCACAAAACGUGAUUUUAAUAACACGAAGGAAAAUUCUCCCGAACCGAAUAUAAAAAAACCACAUUUGGAUUUAAUAGAAGAAGCAUUACUCUUAUGGACGAGUAAAGGGGUCAGUGGUUUCUACUUAAAAGAAAUGGAAUUUUUCACUGACGAUCCAAAUUUAGUCCAGUCGCUACGUCGCUGGAAAAAAAUCAUCGGUCCAGAACGUAUUUUUAUUGUAAGUGAAGCUUUUAUCACUUCUACUGGAAAAAUAAUGAACACGGUUCUCAAUAACGUGGACUUAGUAGACGUCCGGUUAGAAAUCGAAAAAGGUUUAUCUGCCGUUACCAAGCAAAUCGAGUUCGUUCAGAACGGUACUCUUUUCUCUAAACGUGGCCUUCCGUGGGUCCACUGGAAUCUUGGCGACGAUUCCUCAGCUAAUCGUCUCUCUAAUGUUCUACCAUAUGGUAAUGCAACUCUUGGUGCCACUUUACUACAACUGAUGCUCCCCGGUACUCCCUCUGUCUUCUACGGAAAUGAAAUAGGUCUGCAAAGAGUAGCAGACUCUAAGGGUGACAGAAAAGACCAGCAGCACCUCCACCACUUAACAUUUAUGCCAUGGGACGAGAAAAAGCAACAUAAGGUACUACCAUGGAUGUACAGCGAAAAGACAAAUCUAAAUUUUGAUCAAGCUAAAUCUGUUGCUCAAAUGGUCAACUUGAGGCUCAAAUCACCAGCAAUCUUUUUUAAUUCGAUUUACAAAGAGGGAGACAACAAGGCAAACUCUGAGGUGAUCUAUUCCCGCGAUAAUUUGCUGGUUAUACAAAGGUGGUACCCGAGGAGGAAGUCGUACGUUGUUGUGAGUAAUUUAGGGAAUAGCACUGUUACGCAAGAUUUGUCGACGUUGUUAUACAGUGGAACUGUCGUCAUUGGGCCUAGAACAGACUCCAAAUCUGAAAGUAUUUCUUUUAAGAACAUUUCUUUAUGGCCUGGCGAAUCUGUAGUUAUAGAACUAAUGUAAUGUUACUUAUUUGCGAUUGUAUCAAAGAUGUCCGACGAAUAAAAUGUAAGACCCCACGUCCUAAUGUCAGUUUUUUCUGUGAUACGUAUAUUUUUUUAAACGCGGCUGCAGUAGGUAUUUUGUUAAAGCAGAUUUGUUAAUACGUAAUAAAAUGAAUAAGUUGACGCAAAA